GAGUCAGUACAUGGUCAAGGGAGUAGCAGCAAGAUGGCCACAAAUAUGCAACCACAAAUAGUAUCAAGGGAGAAGAUUAAACCAUCCUCUCCAACACCAAAUCACAAAAGAAUUCACACCCUCUCUUUCUUUGAUCAGAUCUUCCCUCGCAUCUAUGUCCCUCUUGUUUUCUUCUACCCUGAAAAUGAUCAUACCAUUGCCAUUAAUGAUCAUAACCCAAAAACAGACAAUGUCCAUAAAUCCACAGUGCUCAAGAGUUCUCUAUCUGCAGCCCUAGCCCUGCAUUACCCACUAGCUGGAAGGAUCAGGGACGAUUUCACCAUCGACUGCAGAGAUGAUGGAGUUAUAUUUCUUGAAGCCAAAGCCAAAUGUGAGUUAUCUGACAUUCUCAACCAUCCUAGGGAAGAAAUCUUGAAACUCUUGUUUCCUGAUGGCCUAUGGUAUAAAGAUUCAAUCUUGAGUAGUCCUCUGGUCGUUCAGAUCACAUAUUUUGAGUGUGGAGGAAUAUCAAUUGCCGUGUGCAUGUGUCACAAGAUCCUGGAUAUGUCAAGUAUGUGUUCUUUCAUGAACGACUGGGCUUCCCUGGCUCGAAACUCAGGCCAAGAAAUACGUCCUGAGUUCAAUAUAGGGUCUUCGUAUCCAGCUGUCAACCUACCAAUCAUGAAGCCUCCCAAGAAGGUGAAUUGUGCUUCCAGGAGACUUGUUUUUGAUGCUUCAGAUAUAGCCAAACUCAAGGCUAUUGUGGCAAAUGAAGUUAAAAAUCCCACACGGGUCGAAGUGGUCACUGCACUACUAUACAAAUGCGCCAUUUCUGCAUCCAGGGCAAGUUCAGGGUCCCUGAAGCCUACGGUUUCUCAUCAUGCUAUGAAUCUGCGUGCCAGGGUGUUUCCACCAUUGUCAGAAAGAUGUUCAGGAAAUCUAAUUGGGCUUUUCCCAGUGUCCACAAUGGAAGACGACAGGGAGAUGGAGUUUGUUUGGUUGGUGAAAAGGCUUAGACAAGGAAAAACUCAGUUCUCGAACACCUGCAGCUCUGAAACAUUAAGUGGGAAAGAAUUGUGUUUAUUCAUUUUGGAAAGCAUUAAAGGGCUAAGAGGAAGUUGUUCUUGUAAUGAUGAAGAUCAGGAAGUGUAUCUAUUCACUAGCUGGUGCAGGUUUCCCUUGUAUGAAGCAGAUUUCGGAUGGGGAAAACCAGAGUGGGUGACUACACUUUGUUUGGAGGCGAAGAAUUUUAUAACUGUGAUGGACACGAGAGAAGGAGAUGGGAUUGACGCAUUUGUGACAUUGGAAGAAGAAGCCAUGGCCGUGUUUGAGCGUGAUAAAGAGCUUCUUGAUUUUGCCAGUAUAUAUUAAUUCAGUGCCCAGUUGAAGAAUUCAUCACCUCCUCUCUCUCUCAAGCUCCAGAUGAUCUGGUCAUGUGAGAAAUAAUCUGUUCUGGUAUGUAACAGAAGUGUGAGUUAAUUUAAGGAGCAAGGCUUUGCAUGGUGAGCAGCAGUGUACUAGGCUAGUUUAAUUUCCCAUAUUUCAUUCUUGUCAAAUAAUUGUCUUAUUAUUUGUAAUAAAAAAAAGUUAAUUUUAAAUUAACAUAA